UGCGCUCCGCCUGCUCAUGGCCGGCCUCCAGGUCUUCUCUUCCUCCGCCGGCCUCCUGGUCGUCCCCGACCGGUCUCAGUUCUUCCGGUACGACUCCUUCACCCUGAGCUGCGAGGCCCGGCUGAACUCCACCGGCUGGAGGGUGAAGAGGAGGACGGAGGGCGGCGGCGUCCGGCCCUGCACCUCCGGCUGGGGCACCGCCUCCUCGGGCUCCACCUGCGCCAUCGGGGACACGUACCCGUCCGACAGCGGCGAGUACUGGUGCGAGUCCGGCAGCGGAGACCGGAGCGCCGACGUCACCGUCGUCAUCACCGACCGCGCCGUGCUGCUGGAGAGCCCGGCCCUCCCGGUGCCGCGGGGAGCCGCCGUGACCCUGGGCUGCCGGGCCGAGGCCGCCGCCCCCCACCACACCUUCACCUUCCUGAGAGACGGCCUGCCGGUCGGCAGCGGCGCCUCGGGGCAGAUGACCAUCCGCAGAGCCUCCGAAGACCACCAGGGACUCUACGCCUGCCGCAUCCCCGGAGUCGGGGAGUCGCUGGGCAGCCGGCUGACGGUCGACGGUGAGAGGAACCGGGGAACCGGGUGUCUCCACACGACCACCGGGGUAACGGAGCCUCCUCAUCCUCCAUCUUCAGUUCCACCUGCAGCAUCCUGCUCCGCCUCCAGGCUGAUGCUCCACCUGUUGGUGGGAUCGCCGUACCUUCUGUCCACCGUCCUGCUGGCGCUCAUCCGCCGCGACCGGAGCCGAGCUCAGACGCUCGUGGGCCGGAGAGGCAGCGACAGCGUCGUCAUGGAGAUGGCGGUGUAGGCCGGAGGCCCCUGUAGUGGGCUCCUCGUGGGACUCGGCCCCGCUCCCCGCCGUCAUGGAGAUCCUCCAUCAGUUAAUCUUCAUAAACCAUGUGUUCAUCUGUCAUGUCAAUGGAUCUGGGACCUCUAGGAGUCUCAAAGAAACCUCUAGAAGUCUUAA